GCAAGAUAUUUAGAUAAUCGCUGUCGAAGAUGAAAAUGGAGGAUAAGGCAGUGGGUGCGCGUCACGCCAGCCAAAAGKGGCGGAAGGCGUUCAGUAUUAGCCUCCUCCGCUGGUUACUCGCUCACUUCGAAUGGGAGAUGGGAUUUUGGACAAAUGGGCUUCCUGUGGAGCGAAGGGAAAAAAUGGGCUUCCUUCUCUCUUUUGUUUGYCACAGGAACUCCAAAAUAUAAGAAGGAACUYCAAAAUAUAAGAGUUGCCCGCGGAGGAGGCUACUUCAGUAUAGUUAGUAUUUGUUUCAGGCUCUCCUUCCCCCACUCCUAUCUUGCCAAGAAAGCAUGCGUYCUCGAUUUCACGCGCCUUUCGCGGCAUUAAUCGAAGCGAGAGUUUCCGYUACGUGAUUGGUUAUCUACCUAUAAUUAAUUGAUUCAACUGACUGGUAGAGUGCUACCAAAUACAUAGCUUAUUUGAGAGCUGUAUCGAGAAGAAAGCUACCUUUGCGAGACGAUGAAACAUUUGGAAAUCAUCUGGAUACUUCGUGCUAUAUUUGUCACCUUUUUUGUUAAUUUUUUGAUAAUACUUCGCAUUGAAYUGCUUCCCUAUGCAUCUUCGUCGGUAGAACUGCGAAAAUCGCAAGUAAGCCCUAGAUUGAAAACCAGUCAUUCGGUAAAGUUUAUUUCACAAAGGCCUCGCCUCAUUCACAAACCUCGUGUUCCGAGACUGAUUAAACGCAAACGAAACCCUGAGCUACGAAAUCAGAGCUUGUAUAGCAAGGAUUACAAACUGGUAUUGCUGUAUACACCAAUAUGGAAAGCCAUGCCAUGGCCUGGAGUGAGCGACUCUUACGACUUUGUUCACUGUUAUGGAAAAUUAUGCCCAAUUUCAAACUGCAGGAUCACUUACAAUAARGGAGCGUUGGGAGUUAGUGAUGUGGUCAUCUUUCAUGGCAAGGACCUUCCAUCUCCUACCCACAUGAGAGAGAUACUUCCACAAAAACACGAAAAGCAACGCUGGGUUUUCAAGAUGCAUGAAAAUCCGCACAAUACCGAGUACGAUCAGUCCUUAUACGAUGGGUUUUUCAAUUGGACCAUGACUUAUCGAAGGGACUCGGAUAUAUUUAUGCCAUAUAACUUCUACUCCACGCUACCAGAGCCCAAUGAAUUGAAUAACUUUGAAAAGAACAGAAAUUAUGCGGAGGGAAAAGAGAAACUCGUAGCGUGGAUGGUGAGUCACUGUAAUACGACAAGAGACAAAUUCGUCAUAAAACUUCAAAAAUAUAUUGAUAUCGACAUUUAUGGCAAAUGCAGCAAACAGUUCGGCCAAGAAAGAACAUGCGAACCUCGUUCAAAGGAGUGCUCGAAUCUUCUAAAACGCUACAAGUUUUACUUAUCAUUCGAGAAUGGUUUCUGCGAGGAUUAUAUCACCGAAAAAUACUGGUCCACGCCGUUUGAACACGAAAUGAUACCUGUCGUUCUUGGUGGAGCAAAUUAUGAUCCAAUGGUUGCAGUUCCUGGUUCCUACAUCAAUGUCCUUGACUUUAAAUCCAUCAAGGAAUUGGCCGAUUAUUUAGUGUUUCUGGACAAAAACGACACGGAAUAUAACAAGUAUUUCCAGUGGAAGAAAAAAUACAAAAUAGGCAACCCGGAAUGUUGGACGUGUAAUAUAUGCGCAGCCGCCAAUCGUUUGGACUUACAAGCGAAAGUGUAUGCCCUUAGUGGCUUUUGGGGUGUAAAUACUACUUGUAACAAGUAUAGUGAUAAGAUUUCACAAAUACUGAAAGACUAGUGACGAAAAAAUCUCUCGUAUUUUGAUCCCUUAUACCGUCGUGCUGGUUUUUUUUUUACGAAAAACAAGUCAUUUAGAACUGAUCUCCCUAAAUAAUGGGAAGGCUGGAGACUUAGCACCCGAUAUCGACUACAUCACGCUAGAAAAUCCAAAAAAAUCUCUCUCCCCCCUCGAACCGCAAUAGAAAUGCAACAUCAAAGGAACGUUAUUUUCUCUAUUAUGACAUGUAUUCAAAAUGCCACCACGCCAACUUUUUACAGAAAAAUCCUGGCUUGAAGUCGAA